AUGUCGGAAAAAGUGUAUAAAGACUUUUGUGGUAUUAUUCCUGUAUGGAAGUACUUUUUGAAGGCCGAAGAUUCACAAACCGCAAAAUGUAAGUUGUGUAAAUCAAUAAUUAAAACGACCGGACGUUCGAUAAAAGGUUUACAUGUGCAUCUAAAGUCAAAACACAAAAUUGACAAGGAAAGCGCAUCAGACGGGAGCGGAAGUGCUGCAGCUUCUGCAACUGCGUCAACGUCUAGUUCCUCGACAUCGACUCAUUGUGAAGCUCAACCAUCAACCUCGGCAAAGAAGCACAAAAUCACUGACCAUUUUCCAAGUGCAAACAGUGCUGUAGAAACGAGGGUAUCACGCAUGGUGUCAAAAGAUGGUUUUUCAUUCCGGGUUUUCUGCACCUCGUCGGAUUUACGAGACCUUUUUAAAGCCGGGGGCUAUAAGUUACCAAAAUCGCCUAAUUCUAUCAAAUUAAUGGUUAUGCAUUUCGGCACGACUGUAAAAAUUACCAUUAUUCGAGAUCUUCUAAAGCUGAAAGAGAGCAACCACAAAUUCACCCUCACAUUCGACGAAUGGACUUCACCGAGAAAUAGGCGCUAUUUAAACGUCAAUGUUCACGCCUUGGCUAAUGAAAAAUCUAUUUUUUGGAACUUAGGGCUGGUGCGGAUUUACGGAAGUCUACCUGCAGAAACAUGUAUCACUGUUUUAAAAGAAAAAUUAUCAGAAUACGAGCUAUCUUUGGAUAAGGAUGUAAUCUGUAUUACCACAGAUGGUGCCAAAGUGAUGGUAAAAGUUGGGAAACUCAUCAAACCCCAUCAACAACUCUGUUAUGCACAUGGCAUCCAAUUGGCUGUUUUGGAUGUUAUUUAUAAACAAAAUACUUCUUCACGUAUUGGCCACGAAGCAUCAAAUGAAGAAAUGUCAGUGCGAAAUGAGACAGUUAGUGAAAGAGCUGAUGAGAAUUGUGACAAUGACUUGGAAAAUGACGAAAAUGACAUUUUUGAUUUGUCUUUUCCUACACCUACAAGUGAAAUAAACCUGACUGUGGAAUAUGCAGAAGUUGUUAAGAAGGUACGAAAAGUAGUAAAACUAUUUAAAAAUUCACGUACCAAAAAACGAUCUGCUGCAGACGUGCAAAAGACAUGGGAAAAAAUAUUGCUUGUUGGAUUGUCAAACAAGGUAGUCAAGCCUGUGCGAAAUAACAAUAUUCAACAAAAUAAGAUCGUGAGUAUCGAAAACCCUGAUUGA